ACCCAGAGUUCAGUUUGAAAAACAACUUCUUGUUUUUCUUCCCCUUUAGUUUUCUCUGUCUGCCAACGCUUAUGGAACUUUUCUGCAGUUUACACAGGCUGUACUUUUGGACAAAUUUUGAUAUUUUUACAUCAGACAAACAUGACCUUGUCAGCAACAGGAAAACACAACACUGGGGCUUCCCACAGUCUUGUCAAUCUGAGAAAUCCACGCAAAGAGAAGGAAAUUAAAAGUAUCAGCCAAUCAGAGCCAUUUAUUAAACCAAGAUUGGCCCUAUGUGUGAUUAUUCCAAAGAUUGUGUCUGCUUUUAAAUUUAAGAAACCAGAAAUUGAGCCACAACAAACAGAUUCUUCAAACAGGAAGUCCAAAGAGAUCCUCAAAGACUUUGCUAAACUGUACAGAGUGUCUCAGAACUCAAAAUGUCCUGGAGAGGAGAAAACUAUUGUACUACUAGAUGAUUCACACCAACUGGGAAAAAACAUGCAGAUGUCCAACACAGACAGUAACAAACAAAACCUACCACAAAAAAACAACUCUGAGUGUGAUGGAAGUGAAAAGAAUUCUGUGAAAUCAAGUGGUUUGCAGAUUCCCAGGAAAGCAUGGGACAUCCUCACAAGGCCAUCAGCCAAGGUGAUUCUGGAUCCGAACACCGCAAAUCCCACUCUCAAGCUGUCUGCGGAUGGACGCUCUGUGAGAACAAAGACCCACAAAGAGUUUAAUUCCAGCCAGAGUUUCUAUGAAUACCAAAGAAAACAUAAAAAUCAGUAUAAUGGUUGGAUGUGUGUCCAAGCUAAAGAGGGCUACAGCACAGGCAGGCAUUACUGGGAGGUAGAUGUGAAAGGGAAAUGUGAUUGGAGAGUAGGAGUAGUGAAAGAGUCAGCUCCACGUAAUGGCUUUAUUAAUCUGAACACAGCAGCAGGGUAUUGGACUCUGCGUCUGCAGUUAGGCUCUCUCAUGGCUCUGACUGAACCAGUCACCAAACUCAAUUACGCUCCACCUGCUAAGUUAGGAGUGCAUCUAGAUAUGGAGGAAGGUCAGGUUUCUCUCUAUGAUGUGAUGAAAAGGAAAAAUAUUUACACAUUUAACACAGAAUUCAGGAAUUGUGAGAAAAUUUUCCCUGUGUUUGGAACCGUGGAGACAGACAAACCCCUAAAGAUUAUCCAAAUAUGAUUUUUAAUUGGUCUUUACAUUUACAUAAAUAUGAAAUACUGUGAAAUCUACCACCUUGCUGACCUACUAAAUAAAGAAACCUACUCAGGCUUACUAAAGAAAUAAACUACAGUAAAUAAUUA